UCCAAUGACUCCAUGAGACGGGAAUAACCUCCUGUGAAAGCUUCUUUGUUGAUCAAACCUUUUUUUGUAUUGAUCCGGACUUGAAAUUCAAGUUUUAAGUUUUAAGUCAUUCUUUGCACUGGCCAUUCAAGCGCGGCACCAUUCCGUUAUUUUAACGCAUUUUCGGGAUUGUAUUUUUGUAAGCGUUAAAUUGAGACGUAUUUAUUUUUUUUAAUCGUUUUUAAAAAGAAAAAAGAAAAAAAAAAGAACGUUUUUCGCGUCUUUGCACAUAUUGUAUUAUCAAAAUAGCAGUUCGUUUUGUUUCUAGUAGUACAUAUAAUUUAAAUAAAGUAGUUAAAAUGACAGGUGCGACUUCUUUGGACGCUGUUAAGAGAAAAAUCCAAACUUUGCAACAACAAGCGGACGACGCAGAAGACCGGGCUUUAGUUUUACAGCGCGAGCUGGACAAUGAACGGGAGCUCCGAGAGAAAGCUGAAGGCGAUGUGGCGGCUCUGAACCGCAGGAUUCAGCUGGUGGAGGAGGAACUGGACCGGGCUCAGGAGAGGCUGGGUACUGCAUUGCAGAAACUGGAAGAGGCUGAGAAAGCAGCAGACGAGAGCGAGAGAGGUAUGAAGGUAAUUGAGAACCGCGCCAUGAAGGACGAGGAGAAGAUGGAGAUUCAGGAAAUGCAGCUGAAAGAGGCAAAGCACAUUGCCGAGGAGGCUGACCGCAAAUACGAGGAGGUGGCCCGUAAACUGGUGAUUCUUGAGGGUGAGCUGGAACGAGCCGAGGAGAGAGCCGAAGUUGCAGAAUGCAAAGCUAGCGAUUUGGAGGAGGAGUUGAAAAAUGUUACCAACAACCUUAAAUCCCUAGAGGCUCAGGCAGAGAAAUACUCAGAAAAAGAGGACAAGUAUGAAGAAGAAAUCAAGGUUCUUAGUGACAAGCUGAAGGAGGCUGAGACCCGUGCAGAGUUUGCAGAAAGAUCAGUGACCAAACUGGAAAAAUCCAUCGAUGACCUGGAAGAAAAAUUAUCUAGUGCUAAAGAAGAAAACCUUGGAAUGCAUCAAGUCCUGGAUCAGACACUUCAAGAGCUGAACAGCUUAUAAGGCGAUGAGAGAGAAGGAAAGAUGUCCAUCCGUCAACAUUCCACAAAUACUCUCAUUCACUCCAAAUCUCAAGCUAUUAAGCCAUAUUUUCUCACAGAAGAUUAAUUUAAAUUUUUAGGUAUUUCUUUAGCGUUUUCUGUACCUUCUACAGGGGUGUAGAUUCCAGGGGGAAUAGGGGAGGUAACCAACCCAAUAAUAAAAACAUGCAAGUACAAAGCAACCCCCCCCCCCGGCCCCCAUGUAAAUUCUUCACACUGUAACCCCCCCAAUGUUCAAGCCAAAUCUACGCCCUUGAAUCGCUACCAAAGCUUUCAAAAUAAUUAGCUGACAUUUCUCCUGAGGUGCUAUAUCCCCAUUUCCCCACUGAAACAAUGUUAUAAGUAGCUUAAUAAAUGCUAUACCACAUGGAAAGUGUAUACGUUUGUGUGCUGGGUAGAAAUACCUCAACAUUCCCUCAAAUUUUUGGCAUUAAUGAUUCCCGGGCAAAUGAAGUCAUUAAAAGUGCAAGUUUUCCAUGGAGUAUUUUUGACUGUGUCAAGCCUGCCACCUAUUGGUCAAAUGGUGCACUGCAUCAAAAACUUUAUAACUGACUGUUAUAGUGGAUCAUUUGAGAUAUAACAUCACGAAAUGAUUGAUGUUGAUGCUUUAUUAAAUAUGUCUUAAUUUUUUAUUUCCAUUAUUUGAUUCCAUUUGGCAUCAAGAAAGUACCAGAAAACACCAUGGUUGUACCAUUAAGAUUUGGAUAUGGUGCCACUGGAAAUGCUGUCGAAUAUGGUAUAUCACGUGAAUAUGGUAAUAAUAAAGCCACCAUGAAAUGGGGACCAAAGAAAUACCAGUUCAUUAACUAGACUUUUCUGUGAAUGCAUUGUUUUUUUCUGUCAAUUAUUUUAAAAUGCCUCAUAAGUUUCUUUUCCACUCUCUUGUGUAAUAAAUUUUUAUAAAAAGUC